AUGGGCAAAGUCAAGCAAGCCAAUGGCAAGGCCGCCAAGGUCAAGUCCACUGACUCCGUCAAGAAGGCCGGCGUCACCAAGCCCGUCGACAGCCCCAAGGUCAGCUCGAAGAAAGCCGCCAAGGAAGUUGCGACCAAGACUUCAAAGAAGGACCUGAAGAAGAAGAAGGUCGAGUCUUCCUCCGAGUCCGACUCAGACGAUUCCGAGUCUGACGCCUCUGCAUCUGAUGCUUCCGAGUCUGACUCCGGCGACUCUGACUCCUCGGAGGAGGAGAAGCCUGUCGCCAAGAAGGCUGCACCCAAGACCAACGGCAAGGCUGCUGCCAAGCCUGCCACCAACGGCAAGGCCAAGGUUGCUGCCGCCGAGUCAUCCGACUCUUCUGAUUCUUCCGAUGCAGAGGAGGACAGUGACGGCAGCCAUGACAGUGAGGACGAGAAGGAGGAUGCUACCAAGAAGGCCAAGCCUGCGGUUGCCGCUGGCGCAAAGGUCAAGGCUGAUGCCAAGGCAGACUCUUCCGACGACUCAGAAGCCUCUGAGGAAGACUCCGACGACUCUGACGAUUCCAGCGACGAGUCCGAGGCUGAGGUGGAGAAGCCUGAGCCCUCCAAGAAGCGCAAGGCCGAAGAGGAGGUAGAAACACCAUUCAAGAAGAACAAGACUGAGGAAGCAUCGGCCGACGAGUACGUGACUCUGUUUGUCGGCAACCUGGGCUGGGGCGUCGAUGACGAUUCGCUGUACGAGACGUUUAAGGAGUGUGCCGAUCUAGUCAGCGCUCGUGUCGUCACGGACGCGGCUAUGCAACGCUCGCGUGGUUUCGGCUACGUCGACUUCUCCAACCACGAAGCUGCUAAGGCUGCCUUUGAGAAGAUGCAAGGCUAUGAGCUUGAAGGCCGCGGUCUGCGGUUGGAUCCUUCUCUACCCCGUCCUGCUCGCGACGACAGCACCCCCAACGCGCGUGCCAACCAGCGCGCCCAGCAGCACGGAGACACUGUCAGCCCCGAGAGCGAUACCCUGUUCGUUGGCAACCUGCCUUUUGAGGCCGAUGAGGAGAUGGUUUCCGAGUUCUUCAACGAAGUCUCUGAAGUCCAGAGUCUCCGACUACCUACUGACCAGGAGUCUGGUAACCGCAAGGGCUUUGGCUAUGUCACAUUCAGCAGUAUCGAGGAGGCAAAGAAGGUGUUCGAGGCCAAGAACGGCGGCUACAUUGGCGAGGGACGCGGCUCCCGUGCUAUUCGCCUAGACUACGCUGGUGCCCGACCUCCUCGCGAUGGCAACUCGGGUGGCCGAGGUGGCGGCUUCGGUCGUGGUGGCGGUGGACGUGGCGGUGGUCGUGGUGGUUUCGGUGACCGUGGUGGUCGCGGUGGUGGUCGUGGCCGUGGUGGCUUCGGUGACCGUGGUGGCCGUGGAGGUGGCCGUGGAGGCUUUGGCGCGUCUCGGGGAGCACCCCAAUUCGCGGGCAAGAAGACUACCUUUUAA